AUGAUUCAGGUUUCGGGCUCAGGGUCUGUCGAGCACUUGGAACUCGUGUGUUGGUUGCCGUGGCGCUUGGGUGCGGGCAAGACGCUUGUCCCCGUAUCGAACCUGGCUGACAGCGGGCAGGACGGCGAGAUUCUGGGGAUCUCCGAAGCUCUCGCGUCCCUGGCGACUCGGAAGCAAUCGCUGGGCGUGCUGGCGCUCUCUGUCAUGUUCUUUGUGAAGGAUUUGGCCUUCUACGGCAUGGGAAACUUCUGGCCCCUGGCGUGGCGAAAAACGAACAAGCUGGCCGGCACCAGCCCCGCCACGGAGCUCCUGGCCACUGCUGGGCUGGGUCUGCCGGGCGUCGCCGUGGCCAUGCUGCUGAUCUUCUCCCUGCCCAGGCGCUUUGCCUUCACCAUGUCCGCCGUCCUCUGCGCCUUUGGCGUCUAUGCCGUGCAUGGCAUCCUGGACAAGGAGAUGUCCCUGGGCUUGGUGGGCGUGGUGUUCUUCAAGCUCUUCUAUCCCACCGCGCAGAUGACGACCUUCCUCCUGCCCUCAGAGGUCUUCACCACUCAGAUCCGCGUCUGGAGCAUGUCCAUCAUCGCCUUCUGCGGGCGCAUGGCCCCCUUGGCGGUGCCCUUGCUCAUCCACAGCUCCACCCACCUCUUCCUCUAUUUGACCAUGGGGCUGCUCCUCCUCUCUGCCCUGCUGGUGUGGUACUUGCCAGAGACCAAGGAUGUGGAACUCAUCGAAGUUCCCCAGGGCCGCCCCCUUGCCGCGAAGGAUGCCCCGUCCUACGGAGCGGCUGCGCCGCCGGUGCCGGUGCGCUUUGGGAGCCUCCGGAAAACAGAGCGCCCCAAGACCCCUUAA